AUGAAUAUUGAAGAGUUGAAGGAAUGCUUAUAGAGAUUAGGAUCAUAAUAAUAAAAUGAGUAAGUAAGAUGGUUAUAUAAAAGUUGUUAGAAGGAUUUAGAGAUAAUAUGGUAAUAGAUGUAAGAUUAAAUGAGUAUAGAUUUAAUAUAUCAAAUUGGGAAGACAGUAAUAGAGUUAAGGUAAUAUGGAGGAGGUUGGAAGGUAAGUUUUAAUUUAAUAGAGGAUAGUUGGCAAAUAAAAUGUUAUCACAUAUAGUAAAGGUGUGUUUAAAUAAUAAGGAAUAAUUAAAAGGAUGGGAAACGAUGAGAAUAAUAAUGGAUCCUGAGAAGCAAAUAUAUAAAUGUUAUGAAUUACAUUAGAUAGAUGUAAAUUAGGUAUGAAUAAUAAAAUGAUAAGAUAGUUUUCACAUCAUGAAUUUACUUAAUAUAAUUUUAGUGCUGAAUUAUAAGAGGGGAUGGAUGUAGAUGCAUUGUAUGAUGAUGAGAAAGGUAAUGUAAUAGGAUGGUGUAGAGGUAAAAUAGAGAAAUUGAAUGAGAAAUAUGUAUGGGUUAAAUGGUAUGAAAAUGAUGAUAAAAGAAAAAUACUUAGAUAUUCUAUGGAUAUAGCACCAUUUAAAAGUAAAGUAAAUGAUGAAGAAUGGUAAUGGAGACAUUCAUUAUAACCAGGAGAUAUUAUUGAUUGUUAUGAUAAUAGAACAUGGUAGAAUGCUACUAUUAUAACAAUUUUAAAAGAUUAAGAAGAUAUUGAAUAUAUUGUAGGAUUUAGAAUUUAUGAUGAUAGAGGUAAUCUCUAUGAUUCUAUCGGUAAAAAAUACUUUGGUUGGAAUCAAUAAUAUGAUGAAAGAAUACGUGCAGUUAGUCCUAGAAUUCAAAAAUUAAACACUUUCUCUAAAGGAUAAUAUCCUAAUCCGUAUUCUCAAGAUGAUUCUAUACAUGAUUCUAAUGAUUUUCUAUAUCCAGAUAAUCAUUAUGCUAUUCCACGCUUUUAUACCAAAUAAACACGUCGUUCAAUUGUUCUUACUUAAAUGAUUAAUGAUUUUGGAAAUCAUGGAUUAUUUCAAUUCAUACUACAAUCUAUACAAUCUAAAUGUACUAUUGAUUUCCUACAUGUUUAUAUGUAAAUUCUCAAUAAUAUCCAUGAAAUGUUACACAAAUAAUUUGUUAUUAAUUAUAUACCUAAUCUAUACAUUGCUGUAUAAAAUAAUAUUUUAUAAUCUGCAGAUAAUAAUCUUCGUAAUUUUACUACUCAAAAAAUUACUGAUGUGUUAUAUGCACUUAAUAAUUUAAUGAAAAGAAUAUAUCCCAUUUAAAAAAGAUCAGAAAUUAUUGAUAGAUUAGACUUCGAUAUUGCAUUUAAAUGUUUCAAUAGUGAUUUUCUCGAAAGAAAAAUUUAAGGAUUAAAAGCAAUCUAAGAAUUAAUUAAAAGAACUAAAGAUCUUUAUAUUUAGUAUGGAAUGUAAGAAUCAUAAAAACAAGCAGCAAUCUAAAUGAUAUUAGAAUGGUUAAAUUAAAAAAAGAUAUUUGAAUCAUUAUAUGUUGGUUCAGGUAACUCUCAUUUAGUUUAAAGAAGUGCUGAAUUCUUUAAAUUUCUUAUUGAAGAAAAAAUGAUAGGAAUACAAAAUUUAAAAGAAAUAUGGAAUAAUUUAGAUAAAGCUGAAUAUGAACAUAAAUUAGCUAUUCAUAAAUUAUUUAAAGAUGUUUCUAAUUCAUUGGAAAAAGAAUGGUUGGAAUUUUUAAUUAAUGAAAUUUGUAAUAAAGAUCCAAAAGAAGUAACUAAAGAUGAAUUAGAUUUGUUAUUAGACAUUGUUAAAUCUAAUCAUAAGUAUAAAGAAGAAUAUAUAUAAAAUUGUUGUAACUAUUAUUGGACUGUAUUACAAAAGGGUUAAUUGAAUUAAACUUUAUUUGAAUAAUAUUUGGGAUAAUAUCUAGAUUUAGUGACAUCAUUUGAUAUGAGACCACAUAAAGGAGAAUAAAUAUUAAUGAUAGGAGAGAGUAUAGUAAAAUAGGAAUCGACUUGUAUUGGAUUAAGAGUGCUGAUUAAAUUAAUUGAAAAAUUAGAUAUAUCUCCAGCAACUUGGGAAUAAUACACACGUAAUGUGGCUUUGAGUGAUUUAUAAUGUAAAUUUGGAAUCAUUGAAGAAGUUAUUAAUUAAAUAAGAGAAUCUAAAAAGUAAAAAGAUAGCUUUGAAGAUAUUAAAGUUAGAAUGCAAUUUAUUUAGAUAUUCUACUAAAAUAUUAGUACUUAUGAAUAUCGUUUAACAUUUAAAGUAAUAUCAACUCUUUGGGAACUGUUAGUUUUUUAAUCUGAAAGUUAAUAAGAAAAAGAUUUAGUUUUUAAAUGGUUUAGUACAUUAUCAAAUUAAGAUGGUCAAUCUUAAUUAACAUCAAUGGUAUCAAUAUCAGAAUUAAAGACUUUUUUAAUUGAGAAGAUGACGAAUGAUCUUGCUCAUUUAACAGAAGAGGGAUUUAGUUGUUUUAAAACUGUAUUAUCUGCAAUUAAUAAAUAUGAGAAUUUUGGUUUUGAUUAUUUAUGGUAAAUAAUAUUAGAAGGAGAGAAUGAGAAGGUUUCUUUGAUGGCUAUCGAAUAUUGCCAUCAAUUUGAAAUAAACAUAGAAAGAUUGUUUAAUAAAUUAUAAGAAAAUAAAUAAUAAAAUAACAAAUUGCUUAGAUGUUUGUUAGUAUUAGAGGAUUUCAUUGAUUAAAGUGAAAUAAAUGGUGUUGGUAAUUUAAAGAGUUUGAAUGCUCUAUCUUAAGGAGAAGAACUCUAAAUUCAAAUUUAAUAUGAAAAUAGUUAAUAAAAAAGAUUUACAAUAAAAAUAAAUGAUAAUUAAACAAUUGUAGAAUUGAGAUUUGCAAUUAGUAAGGUAAUUAAGUAAUAAUGGGAUGCAGUGGGUUUGAAUAGUUUAAAAGGAGAAAUAAAGUUUACAGAAAAUGGAAAAAUGAUUAAAGAUUUAAGAUUAAAGAAAGGUGAAAUACUUAUGGUUUUUAAAAAAUAAGUUAAGGAAGUUAAAGAAAUGUAAUUAUUAGAUGGAGAUAACUUAUCAGAAUAAGCUAAAGUAGCAUUUACUGAAAUAUUUAAUGAAUUUUCAACUGAUGGUAAAAUGACAAAAGAGGAUUGUACUAGAUUUGUUACAGGAUGCACAGGCAAUCCAUGUAGUAUUGAAGAUGCUAAUAUUCAAAGAACAUUUGAAUAAUAUGAUAAAGAUAAAGAUUCAAUCUUAACAUUGUAAGAUUUCUUUGAUUUUUAUACAGAUUCAGCAAGAUCUAAAAAAUCUACUGUUUGGUUGAAUUUAUAAACAUUGCAUUAUAGAAAUGAUUUAAUAAGAGGAGAUAAAGUACCUUUACCUUAAAUUAAUGCUUAAGAAUUACCUAGAGGAUAAAUUGUUUAAAAUUAAGAGUAUUUAGAUUUAUUAUUUGAAUUACUUUAAAAUUCUAAUAGUCAAGUCCAAGAGAAAACUUGGUAUUUAUUAAGAAGACUUCCACCUUCUCCAUAAUUAAUUAAAUAGAUGAUCACUUUAGAGAAUAUUACCAAACCAACAGAUUGGGAUUAAAUGUUAGUAAGUAGUCAUUAUAGAUUAUUAUAUAGUUUAUAUAUUAUUGAAUUUCUGAUGAAUUAAUAAGAUUCUAAUAAUUUAUAAGCAUUAAUUGAAGAUUAAGAUAUUUUAAGAUUAAAGGAUAAAUGGAUGAGUAAAUUCUUGUAAUUAGGUGGGUUUGAUAGAUUAUUAUAAUUGUUCAAAGAAUAUUAAGGUAAAUCUGUUAGUACAUUAUCUUAAAUUGAAAAAGAAAUAUUAUCAUUUCUAUUAAAUACAUUUUAAAACUAUGUAAUUGCUGCUUGUGCUUCUUAAAUUCCUAAUCUAUAUAAGGCAUCAAGAGGAAUUCAAAUUAUUAAACCUUUAGAUUAAGUAUUAUUAGAUAUUAGAUAAUCUGAAGAGCCUGAAAAAUUUUAAUUGUUAGUUUAGAAAUUGAAAGAAAGUCAAUUAGGUAAUAACAUUAUAGAGAAAAUAGAGAAUUUUAUUAGUGUUUUAAUCAACUUAAUAUAAGAACUACUAAAAUGUAAUGAAAUGGAAUAGGAAGAUAGAUAAAUUAUUGAACAUAGUAUUAUAAUUAUCAUAGUAAUCUUGUUACACAAUCAUAAAUUAUUAGAAAAAAGUAUUGAAAAUGUUGAAUUUAUUAAUAUAUUUUUCAGUGGAAUUUUUAAUGGUAAUUCUGAUACUUUAAGAAACUUAUUUAGUAGAGCAAUAUUAGUAUUAUGUCAUGAAAGUUAAAAAAACAAUAAUUAACCAACAAGAAUCAUUUUGUAAUAGUUGAUAACUAUGUAAAACUCUUAGGCUAAUUCUGCUUAAUAUUAUGAAUUAUUAAGUUAGUUAAUUGAUAGUGCAUUUGAAAGCGAAGAAUCUCAACAAUUUAUAGAUUAUCAAUAAUUAAGUUAAUAGAUGUUACAGAAUUUAAUUAAUUAUAAAAGUUAGGAAACUAGAUCUAAAAAUACACCAACUGAUAAAAUAUUGAUUGGUUUAUUAAAUUUAUUGUGUAAAUUAAGUAGAUUCAUUCAACAACCAAUAAUUGAUCUUAUAUUCAAUGAUUGUUUAUUUAGUUAGAAAGAGGAAAUAGAAAUUAAAUGUAAAUCUAUUGAAAGUAGAUAAGCAGCAUUUAAAUUACUAAAUCAUUUAGCAUAGUAAUAGAAUAUGAAUAAAAUAUUAAUAAACCUUCAAUUGUUAAGUUAAAAAAUACCAAAUACAAACAAAUGGAAUUAUAUACCUUAAAGUGAUGUGAGAAGUGCUCUUGGUUAUUGUGGUAUUAAAAAUCUGAGAUGUAUUUGUUAUAUGAAUGCUAUGCUAUAAUAAUUUUACAUGAUAAAACCUUUUAGAUAUGGCAUUUUGUAAGCUAAUGAUAAUAAGGAAGUUGAUUUAUAACUUAGUAAAACAGGUUUCACAUAUGAUGAUAAUGUCCUCCAUUAAUUAUAAUAAAUGUUUACUUAUUUAGAAUUAUCUGAUCGAAUUGAUUAUAAUCCUUAAGAAUUUUGUGCUUCAUUUAAAGAUUAUGCAGGAGAGCCAGUGAAUAUAUUUAUAUAAUAAGAUGCAUAGGAAUUCUUAAAUAUGAUAUUUGAUAAGUUGGAACAUUUAUUGAAGGAAACACUCUAUAAAAACAUAUUGGAUGGAGUAUUUGGUGGUAAGACUUGUACAUAGAUAUCCUGUUAAAAUUGUAAAGUAACAAAAAGUAAAGAUGAAAUAUUUUAUAAUUUAUCUUUGCCUAUAAAGAAUUUGAAAAAUUUGUAGGAAUGUUUUGAUAAAUUUGUUUAAGGGGAAAUAAUAUCUGAUUUCAAAUGUGAAAGUUGUAAUUAAAAAGUUGAUGUAAACAAAUGUUAAUUGUUGGCUUAAUUGCCAAAUAUUUUGAUUUUGCAUUUAUAAAGAAUUGUAUUUAAUUUAGAUACAUUUAUGAAUGAGAAAAUAAAUACAAGAUUAGAAUUUCCAAUAGAUUUAGAUUUAUAAGAAUAUACAAUAAAGAAAGAUUAAUGUACAUAGUAUAAAUUGGUUGGAGUAGUAGUACAUGUUGGAACUGCUGAUGUAGGACAUUAUUUUAGUUAUAUAGAUAUUAAAAAUCAAGAUUAAUGGUUAGAAUUUAAUGAUCAUAAAAUAAAAGAAUUUAAAUUAAAAUAAAUGGAACAUGAAUGUUUUGGAGGAUCAAGUAGUAUGGAUUAUAAUGAUAAUGAUGUAUGGGGAACAGGAUUUAGAGAGAAUUCUUAAAGUGCUUAUAUGCUUAUUUAUGAGAAAGUUUAGAAGGAUUAAAUAUCAUUAGUGUUUAAUAGUGAAUAAUAAUUAUAAGAUCAUAUUAAUUAAUUUGAAAAUUAUACUAUUGAUCCUAAUUAAAAGUAUAGUUUAUUGGUUGAUUAUAAUUCAUUGAAACCUUAUAUUCCAUAAGAAUAUGAAAGAAAAGUAAAUUGUGAUAAUUAACAAUUUUUAUUGGAACGUAAUUUAUUCAGUUAAGAUUUUUUGAAAUUCAUUCUUGAUACUAGUGAGUUUAUAAAUGAGGAAAAUGCAAAUACAAUGAUAGAAGUGUUAAUGAAAUUUAAUUAUGAUUUAUUGUCUAGAGUAUAUGAUAAUUCUAUGAUGGAAAAAUUUAAUACUAAAAUCUUAUAAUUAAUUUAGUAAUAUCCAAAUAUUAAUUAUCUUGAUUUAGUUUAUUUUGGAAAAUUAAAUAAAGUAGUGGAUUUGCUCUUAGUUUGCCCAGAAUCGCGAACACGUAAACAUUUUAGUAAAUUAUUAUCAAUACUAUUUAAUUAAACUAUUUAGAUUUAGGGUUAAAUUACAGAAAAAUUGAAUGAGGGUUUAGAUUAAUUAUUUUUGAUGAUUUAAGAUUAAGUACCUAAAAAUUGGAUUAGAUAUGAGCAGUAUUUUGAUUUUUGGUUAGAUUUUAUAUAGGGAGGUAAACUUUAGUAAGAAUAUUCAUUUAAAAAAAAAAUGGUAUUAUAUAUGGUAGAUUUUAUUUUGGAUAAAAGUAGUCCAUUAUAAUUAUAUGAAAAAAAAGUAUAAAUGGGAAAUGCUUAUGUAUCAAUGAAUUUCCAAAUAUAACUUUAAAUAGUUUCUAUUUUAUUAACAUAAAAUCAUUAAUUAAGUUUAAAUGAAAAGAAAUUAUUGUAUUCACCUAAAUUUUAUGAUAAAAUAAUGAAAAGCAAAGUUGAUGAUAUAAUACCAAUUAUAAUUAGAUUAUCUUAUAAGAAUAGAUACUUUUCAGAGAUUAUUUCUGGUUGUAUAAUGAGAGGAUUAGUAAAUACAGAUAUUGAUGAAUGUAAAAAUUAUUUAUAAGUUGCUAAAUCUUUUUUAUUGAUUGAAGAUUAUUUAUAAAUUGAAAGAUUAGAAUGGUUAGUUGGUAUACCAUCAUCAAAAUAAAAGGAGUCUUCAAGAAUUUAUGAUAAUCAAUUAAAUGAUUUACCAUAAUUUGGUUUAUAUGGACUUCAAAGUUUAGAUGAUGAUUAUUGGUCAUUUUCUAGUCCUUUAGGAUGGUCACAUUGUUUAUUUGAUUAUUUUUGUACUCAUAGAACAGUUAAAAAUUUUGAUAAUUAAUGUUUAUUAACACUUAAAUGUUUAUUACAAUUAAGUGUUGAAAAUUAGACUUGUUUUAAUUAUAUAGCUAAUCUACCAUGUGUGAAUUAUUUAUAUGUAAUUUAUAAUAUUUAUAAUUAGAAACACAACGAUGAAAUAUUUAAAGCCUUCUUAGAUAUUUACAUUUAAGAUACUAAACGUUUCUGUUCUUAAUAUCCUCGUAAAUUAGAUUCUGAUGAAACUAAAAUAUUACUUGAAGAAUAUUAAUUUAAAUUAAAUUAAAUUCAUGAUCCAACUAAACCUCAAUAUGAUUAUAUUAUUGGUAAAUCUGUUGAAGUUCGUAAAAUUACUAAACUUUACUAUCUAUUUAAUCCUGCAACCAAAUAAGAAUCUAUUGUAGAUGAAGACUCUCCUAAUUUUAAUUUAAUUAAAUCAUAAAUUGAUGAUGGCACUCUUCACAAAGUUAUCACUCUAGAAGUAAAAUAUAAUUAAUAUUAUAGGAAAAAGUUUACACUACACAUAUUUGUGAUAAUCUACCAAAUGGUUAAACAAAUGAAUCAUUACCAGAAUUAUAUGUGAAAGGAACUUAAUUACAUCAUUUCUCUGUAGAUCCUAAUUCUGAAGCUGCUAAUUUUAUAUAAUCUAAAGCUUGGAAUGUUACAAGUGAUGAUAAUGCAGUCGUUUCUAACCCAAAAAUAGCUGAAACUGUUAAAUAAAUCUAGUUGUAAAAUAAUACUAAUCGAAAUUUACAUGUAAUCCUAGAAAUUAAAGGGUCUUAAAAUACUUGUCAUUAUAUUCCCACCUCCAAAAUUUAAUCUUUAAUGAAUUCAAAAAUUAUUGCUACCAUGUUCACAGCUAUCAAGAAAUCAAGUCUAGAUGAGUUUCCAAAACUAGAAUUUUUAUUGUCUUACAAAAAGUAAGAGCCAAGAUCAGAAUCGUAUCUAUAUAUAUCAAAUUCAAAUGAAAUGAAUCUGGAGUUGUUAUGA